CCUUUUCACCUACUUGUCCAGUUAUUCCUCUUCCUGAAAGAAUAGACUGCAUCCCGGAUCAAGUGGCAACAAAGGAUCUGUGUGUACUCCGUGGCUGUUGCUGGGAUCCUCAGAAUGAAACACAUGUACCUUGGUGCUACUUUUCAAAAAAUCAUGGGUACCAAGUUCAAGGAAGAAUGUCAGAUACAAAUCCAGGAUUUGAAGCUACUCUAACAAGACUACCUUCUCCAUCCCUCUUUGGGAAUGAUAUUGAAAAGCUACAUCUCACUGCAGAAUACCAAACAGCAAACCGAUUUCAUUUUAAGAUUACAGAUCCUGCCAACAAAGAUAGAUUUGAAGUCCCACAUGAAAAUGUUCAGCCUUUCCAGGGAUCUAAAGCAACCAAUUUAAUGUAUCGAGUAGAAGUCACAGACAAUCCUUUUGGAAUCAGUGUGAUCAGGAAUAGCAACAAUAAAGUCCUCUUCAACACCAGUAUAGGACCUCUGAUAUAUGCCGACCAGUUCUUGCAGCUUUCCAUUAGAGUGCCUAGCUGGAAUGUUUAUGGUGUAGGAGAACAUGUGCAUCGGCAAUAUCGGCAUGAUUUUAACUGGAAAACAUGGCCUAUUUUUACCCGAGAUGCUUUUCCUAAUGGGGAUAUGAGCAACCUGUAUGGUGCUCAUACUUUCUUCUUAUGUCUGGAAGAUACGAGUGGACAUUCAUUUGGAGUGUUCCUUAUGAACAGUAAUGCCAUGGAUUUUGCUCUUCAACCUGCUCCUGCAGUAACAUACAGAACAAUUGGUGGAGUUUUAGAUUUCUACGUCUUCUUAGGAAAUACUCCGGAAGAAGUAGUGCAACAAUAUCUAUUGUUGAUAGGACUUCCAUGGAUGCCUUCCUAUUGGAAUCUCGGCUUCCAUAUCUGUCGAUGGAAUUACACUGAUCUUAAUGAUGUGAAAGCUGUAGUAGAAAGGAAUCGAGCAGCUGGAAUACCUUAUGUAUGGCCAGGAACAACUGUCUUCCCUGAUUUUUCUAGUCCUGAAGCUGUUCAGUGGUGGGUUUAUGAGUGCAACAAUUUUCACAAAACGAUCAAUUUUGAUGGACUUUGGAUUGACAUGAAUGAAGUAUCCAAUUUUGUCAAAGGAUCAAAAACUGGUUGUGCAUCAAACAAUUUAAAUUACCCACCUUUUACUCCAAAAAUUCUGGAUGGAGUUAUGUAUUCAAAGACUGUUUGUAUGGAUGUAGUCCAAAAGGCAGGGAAACACUACGAUGUUCACAGCCUCUAUGGCUAUUUUAUGUCUAUAGCUACUGAUAAAGCACUCAAGACCAUUUUCCGUGAAAGUAGAAGCUUCCUCCUUUCCCGAUCAACAUUUUCUGGUUCUGGAAAAUUCACAGGACAUUGGCUGGGAGAUAAUUUUGCAACUUGGAAUGAUAUCAAAUGGUCUAUACCAGGAAUAUUAGAAUUUAAUCUAUUCGGAUACCCUUUUAUUGGGGCAGAUAUUUGUGGCUUCAUUGAUGAUACCUCAGAAGAACUUUGUAGGCGAUGGUUGCAACUUGGAGCAUUUUACCCAUUUUCUAGGAAUCACAAUGCUGCAGGACAUGCUCCUAAAGAUCCAGCAUAUUUUGGACAAAACUCACUUUUGGUGAAUUCAACAAAACACUACCUGACAAUACGUUACACUUUGUUGCCAUAUCUCUAUACCCUGUUUUAUAAAGCACAUGCUCGGGGAGAGACAGUUGCAAGACCUGUUCUACAUGACUGGGAUUCCCAGUUACCUGGCUUCACCUUCAGUGAUAUGUUCAUUCAGAUUUCAACUCGCCUACCUUCACAGUUUGUAUAUGGAUUUGGGGAAACAGAGCAUAAACAAUUCCGGCAUGAAAUGAAUUGGAAAACCUGGCCAAUGUUUGCAAGGGAUCAGCCUCCUGGAUAUAGAUUUAACACUUAUGGAGUUCAACCUUUUUAUAUGGGCUUGGAAGAGGAUGGCAAUGCUCAUGGAGUCCUAUUGCUGAACAGUAAUGGAAUGGAGGUAAAAUUCCAACCGACUCCUGCUUUAACCUACCGUACCAUUGGAGGAAUUUUGGACUUUUAUAUGGUUUUGGGCCCAACUCCAGAACAAGUCGUUCAAGAAUAUACUGCACUCAUUGGACGUCCAGUUUUGCCUGCAUAUUGGGGUUUGGGAUUCCAGUUGUGUCGAUAUGGAUACAAAAAUGAUGCAGAAAUAUCUGAAUUGUAUGAUAACAUGAAAGCAGCUAAUAUCUCAUAUUUUCAGGGUGUAGAUAAAGUAACAGCAUACAUCCCUGAUGCUGUGUGGUAUGAAUAUGAGACCGGUUUGAAAGCACCUUGCAGAAAACAAGAGUGUCAAAUGUUCCUUCCGGAAAACAAACUUGGACUUCAUCUUAGAGGAGGAUACAUAUUUCCUAUUCAAGAACCAGCCAAUACAACAGUUUACAGGUAUUUUCUGAUAUUAAAAGUCUUAACUAUGGCAGUUAUACAUAAACGCUACAUAGAGCCAAAUAAUCUGAUAUUUGAGAACAUCAAGAUUCUUGGGCUACCCCUUGAGCCUUCAGAUGUGAAAGUAACCUCUAACAAUGUGGUUCAAUCAUAUAAUUUGACUGUCAAGUAUAAUGCUGCAGACAAGGUUGCUCACAUAACUGGUCUUCGUCUUAAAUUGGGGGAAGAACAUACACUAUCCUGGAAGCAGACUUUAAAAGAUAUUGACAAAUUUGAUUGUCAUCCUGAAGAAAAUGCAUCAAAAGAAAAAUGUGAAGCUCUUGGCUGCAUAUGGGAAAAGGCUUCUGUUGCUGGCGCUCCAUACUGCUACUAUCCUCCUGACAAUGGUUACACAGUUGACCAAAUUGAAUAUACAUCAUCUGGUUUAACAGCCAAUCUUGGUACAAACAUCAACUCUGUUAGACUUUCAGGACAGCAAAUCCCCCUCAUUGACAAACUUCGUUUGGAAGUAAAAUAUCACGACAAUAACAUGCUUCAGUUUAAGAUUUAUGAUUAUAGUAAAAAGAGAUUUGAAGUUCCAGUGCCUCUGAAUCUUCCCCAAACACCUAUAAGUACUUUGGAAAACCGUCUCUAUGAGGUGUCAAUUCAGAACCACCCAUUCGGAAUUCAAGUUCGGCGCAAAAGCACAGGCACGGUCCUGUAAGUAGAAAUGUGAUAU